AUGGAUGAAAGCGCUGGUCCUCGCAAACGGAGGAAGCUAUCGGCUUCCACGGCGCCGCCAUAUGUUCUCCGCCAGCUGCUCGAUAAGGUCCCCUUGGCCGCAGAAGAGGGCGGGCCGGAGAUUCAUAUAACAUGUGUGGAAUACUGGAAUGAUAACCUGUAUAUUGGCACCUCUGCGGCCGAGAUCCUCCACUUCGUGUCGUUACCGCCAGACCCCGAUGACGAAUCCAGCGAGCCCAACUUUAUCCUAGCCUCUCGAUUGCCAAUAACCGGUAGCCCGGACCAGGAACAUGGCAUUCAGCAGAUUGUAUUGCUGCCUGCUGCAAGUAAAGCUUGUGUUUUGUGCAACGGCUUCGUGACGUUUUACACGCUACCCGAGCUGAGUCCCGCGUUUGAGAAUAACGUGAAAGUAAAGAACUGCCACUGGAUUGGCGGUCUCGAUUUGAACCAAGAUGUGGGCGAGGAUGCAACCGAAAGUCCGGUGAUCAUGAUCGCGGUGCAAAACAGAAUAAUGAUAGUGCGAAUCGGAGACGCUGCGCAGCUAUUGAGGAAUAUCGAGUUUCCCGGCUGCUUGGUCGGGCUACGGCGCGAUACGAUUGCAUGUGUGGCGGACGAAAAUGCAUACUCGCUGUUGGAAGUGGAACAUCAACAGAAAAUCCCCCUGUUUCCCAUCUCUUCAUCAAGCGAGGUCUUUGAGCUUGGCCGUGUGCAAGAUAUCCCGCAGUCGUUAUCUGCCCUCAAACGCUCAUCUUCGGAGUCGUAUGGAAAUUUAGAUGCUGGCACAUCGAGUGGACAUGGCAGGAGUACCAGUCUGAAUGCGUUUGCUGAGGGGCUGGGAGGCAGCAGAAGAGGAAGCUCUCAACAUGCUAUUAGAGAGGAUCGGUCCAAUUCACUCACGCCUGAUUUGCUCGGAAAUUCGUCGCCACGAAGAUCUAUGUCGGGAGACCGACAGGACGCGAAUACAGCUAAAGAUUUGCCCGCUCCCCCGCGUCAAGAGCCCGACACGGAUAUACAGAAACCGCUCCCUCCAGCACCCAAGUUGAACUUGGCUCGUCUAAAACCGCACAUAGUAUCUCCAACACCAUCAGAGUUUCUUUUGGUUACGGGUACUGCGGAGACUGAACCCGGGGUUGGCAUGUUUGUCAAUACGGAUGGCGAUGUAGUUCGGGGAACUAUGGAAUUUCAACGAUAUCCCGAAACCGUUGUUGUUGAUAGCCCGGGAGACUCGGGCCAGGGAGGGGCGAGUCCCGAGCCUAUUGAAGGAUUCGUACUUGCAGUCCUCAAAUUGGAUGAAAAUGACAAUGUCCAUAAAUGCCUGGAAAUACAGCGUUGGGACGUUAACCCCGGGGAGGCAGGACGCCAAAAAUCCUUGUUGGACAUACCCAGUUCCAGUGAUUUGGAGAAUGUAGGAAUAGGACAUACUAUUGGGCCGAGCAAUCUCAACUUCUUUGAGCUGGGCGAUUUACUUCGAAUGGUCAAGCUACAAACACCUAAGAAACCCGGGGGCACAUAUACCCCAGCCGAAGAGGCAGACCCCCGGACGAAUGCAACAAUCGAGCAGCUUCGCAAGGAGAAGGAGCUCUUCGAAUCCCAGGAAUUGUCAGACUCGGACACGGGGAAAAAGGUCACUUCGUCGAAGAAUUGGGAGAUAGAGAAAACUAAAGAAGGCGCUGCCUUCGCUCGUGGACUGGGAAAUGCGCGAUCUAGCUUAAUUCUGUGGUCUGGAGAUCAGGUCUGGAGUAUUUUAAGAAACCCUUUGCCAUUACAGCUUGAGACGCUUCUUGAAAGCACGCAGACUUGGAAAGACGGCCGGUUGGUGUCAGUUGACCGGGGUGCUAUUGUUGAUCUACUAGACUCGAUGAAGACGAUUGAACCAAAGACUGAGGCAGAGUUUUUGGGAUUGGGUUAUAUCAGACAGAAAGCUGGGCUGCUUCUCUUCGCGGAUCUGCUCGCGAUGGCUCCACCUAAUCGAACAGAGGCGACAAUCCGAGCAACAGAGGAAGCGCUUGUGGAGAGUGACCUGGACCCUCGGCUGAUUCUAUUUUUGGUACCGUUCCUCUCCGACGAGGUUCUGGUCAGCAAGGAGGGAAUCUGGGUGCACCACGGGCUGGCGAAGGUUGCUGGGUUUUACCUGGAACAUUUGUCGGAGUGGAAGACGGUCUCGCUGUCAGCUGAAGACCCGGUACUUGAUCUACUGAAAGGUUAUCUCUCUGCCUGGCAAAGAAGACGCGGCUACGGUAGCGUCACCAACGACACGAAUGUCUUUGACAGCGUCGAUGCGGCCCUUCUCCAUUUAAUCCUUGAGCGAGAAGCACAAGCUCGACAAAGCUCUCGACCGGUGAAUACAGCGCGCGGUGAAUUGAACGGACUGGCAGACCAUUGGAAGGCGGACUUUGACCACGCCAUCGCGCUUCUUGAACGUUACCAUCGGCUCUUUGUGCUUAGUCGACUUUACCAGAGCCGAAAAAUGUCCAAUAAGGUGCUCAGAACGUGGCGAAGGAUUGCCGAGGGAGAGAAAGACGAUGACCCGGAGGUUACCGUUCCCGGCGUUGAAGAGCACGUUCGAAAGUACCUAGGGAAGAUAAGGGAUACACAGUUGGUCGAAGAGUAUGGAUCGUGGCUGGCAUCACGAAAUACAAGCCUGGCUAUCAGGGUCUUUUCGGAUGAUAGCAGCCGGGUGAAACUGGAUCCCAACGAUGUGGUGGAAUUGCUGAAAGCGCGAGCCCCAAAUGCUGUACAGGAUUAUUUGGAGCAUCUUGUGUUUUCAAAGAAUUAUUCUCAAUACGUGGAUGAUCUGAUUGCAUACUACCUGGAUACAAUUCUCAAUGUGCUGCAAUCAUCAGCGGAAGCGCGGGCCUCGCUCAGAGAGUCAUAUUCUACAUAUCGAGCGCUGCGGCCUCCCAAGCCGACUUAUCUCCACUUUAUCUCGGAGAAUGCACCAUCGGAAGCAUGGUGGCAGUCGCGUUUACGACUUCUUCAGCUUCUGGGCGGGCCAAAUACGGUUUUUACAGCGACGGCGGGCAAGGAUCUCCCAUAUUCGAUUGAGGCGGUACUAUCCCGGAUCGAGCCGUUUCAGGACGAGCUGGUGUCGGAAAGCAUCAUUCUCGACGGGCGCCAGGGCCGGCACAAAGAAGCACUGCGCCUGCUGACGCACGGGCUGGGCGACUACGACUCUGCAAUCCGAUACUGCCUAUUUGGCGGCAGCUCGAGCGCGCAGAGCAUCAAGGGGUCAGAGCAGGCCGAGCUGUUCAGGUGCCUUCUGAUGGAGUUCCUGCGCAUCGAAGACGUGUCGGACCGGAUCGAGCGGACGAGCGACCUGCUCGCACGGUUUUCGCAUUGGUUCGAAGUGCACGACGUGCUGGCCAUGGUGCCGGACGACUGGAGCGUUGAUAUUCUCAGCGGGUUCCUGGCGCAUGUCUUCCGCGACCUGGUCUCGCAGGGCCGCGAAGUGCGUGUGCAGAAAGCGCUGAGUGCGAGUCUCAAUCUGCGGGUGGGCGUGGAGUAUCUACAGGAUGUGGAAAAGCGAGGAGCGUGGAUUGAGGAUGACGAGGGGUUGAGGAGUUUGAAGGGUACUAGUACUAGUACUGUUCAAGAUGAUUUUGGGGAUAUGGUUAGUGCUGGACUGUAA